UAUUAACAAUCGAAAAUACGUAGAGGAUUAUACCGUAGACAAGAGAGCGCUAAGGGGAUUUUAUAACAACCGUUUCUACUCCGGAUCCUUAUGGGAAAUUAUGUAAUAUAUAAAAUAGGAAGAGAUUAAAAUUAAGGAAGAGAUGAUAGUACGAAUGUUGGUAGAGAAAUUUAAGGAGCACUCCACCAGAGGGAGCGUUUAGAGGAAGAUUAGUUUGAAGUACAAGAUCCGAGAAGUACAGUCGUCAAGCCUGUCUCCUGUGUACAAGGCGGAGUGUUUCCGCUCUCCACUAUGAAGUUAACGUCUCUAUGUCACCGGCUAAAGUCGGAUGUGACUGUGUUUUUGUUAUUUGUUACGUCUUCGAUAGCCUUCAACGUCGAUCUUCUGACAUCCACCGUUUAUCGUGGUCCUCAUGAUUCUAUGUUCGGAUUUUCUGUGGCACAAUAUAAAAGCAACAGACAGAGUUGGUUAAUCGUUGGUGCACCUAAAGCACAGACGAAUCAACCCGGUGUUGUUCAAGGUGGUGCCGUGUACAGGUGUGUACCAGGUGAUCAUAGCAGGUGCACGCAACUUCCCUUCGAUCAAACAGGAUCAGAAACACUAGAUUACGGGGAUAGGNUAUAUUUAAAUAUUUUAAAUUUAUUAACACAGGCAUGUGCACCCAGAUACGUUUAUUACGGAGGAAAUCUAGCGAGGAGGGAACCUGUUGGUGUAUGUUGGACGUUAGAUUGGAGAUUUUCUUCACCAAAAAAAUAUUCACCGUGUAGAAAUCCUACAUUUUUUGGUCCUCACAGACAGGGAUUUUGUCAAGCAGGCUUUUCGGCAGCUGUCACCAAGGACGGUAGCGGUUUAUAUAUAGGAGCUCCAGGUAGCUGGUAUUGGCAAGGUCAGGUGUUUUCUCAAAAUCUGACAACUGGAGAUCUGUUCGAAACCAGAGAAAGUCCAAAAACUUACGAUGAUAGCUACCUCGGAUAUUCAUCAGCCGUUGGUGAAUUCACAGGAGAUUCGGACAUGGAUGUUAUUGUAGGAGUGCCAAAAGCAAAUAUAACUGGAAAAGUGGUUUUGUUUAAUUCUAAACUACAGAAUCUGCUUAACAUUAGCGGUGAUCAGAUAGGAUCCUAUUUCGGGUAUUCUCUGUGUGUAAGCGACUUGAAUGGCGACAAAUUGGACGAUAUCGUGGUUGGUGCACCCCUGCAUUCAGACUUCAAAGCCAAAGGAGAGAAAUACGAAGAGGGACGUGUUUACGUCUAUUAUCAAGACACUAAUCAUCAAUUUAAUGUCGUGGUCCAUCUGGAUGGCACGAAUCCAAAGGGAAGAUUUGGUUUGGCACUGGCUUCUCUUGGUGACAUAAACAGAGAUGGAUAUCAAGACAUAGCGGUGGGUGCACCUUAUGAUGGCAAAGAUGGGCAUGGUGCCGUUUACAUCUAUCAUGGCAGCCCCGAAGGAAUUAUAAACAAAACAUCACAGAUAAUCACGCCAUCCGAUUUUGGCCACGGAGGAAUACGUACAUUUGGCUUCUCGAUAUCGGGAGGGAUGGACUUAGAUAACAACAAUUAUCCAGAUCUAUUAGUAGGAGCAUACGAAUCUAGUAGAGCCAUAUAUUUUAGGUCACGACCUGUUGUUACUCUCAAAGGUUCCUUAAAAGUUAAUGUCGAAAACAUUGAUCUUAAAGAGAAGAACUGUGUCAUACUAGAUAAAACUCAAGUUUCUUGUUUUUUUGCAACUCUUUGCCUGAAUUAUACGGGACACGACAUCGAUUCUGAGUUGGGUUUCACUUACGAAGUCAAAUUGGAUUCUCAAAAAGACCCUCCUCAACGAGCGUUUUUCUUAAAUGAUCCGUUUAAAAAUGAAAUGACAACCACCGUAUAUUUAAGUGAAGGUUCCAAUUAUUGUACUGAAAUCUAUGUUUACAUUGAGAAUGAUAUUAAAGACAAGUUAACAUCAAUAGCUCUAUCUUUAAAGUUUCAUUUGAUUGAUUCAAUUUCAUUGGAACAUAGAUUAAAUCCAAUUUUAGAUCAGAAUGGAUUAGUUGAGCUUGUUAAAGAGGUUCCUAUACAGAAAAAUUGUGGAGACGACGACAUAUGCAUUCCAGAUCUACAGUUGGAUGUUAUACCGAAUAUGAAAAAAUACUUUAUCGGAAGCACGGAAAGGAUCGAUUUGGACGUGACUAUAUCCAAUGCCGGAGAAAAUGCUUUUCAGGCAUAUAUGUACUUAAAUAUGCCACUUGAUAUUCAUUAUAUUAACAUUAAUAAAAGCAAAUUACAAGACUAUCCAGUGACGUGUACCGGAGCAAAACCUGAAACUGGAAUUAAUAAUUUAGUAUGUGAUAUAGGAAAUCCACUUCCAGCUAAUAAAACAUUGAAUUUUAAAGUAUUGUUAAGGGCAAAGAAAAUGAUCAACUAUAUAGAAGGAUUUCAAUUUAAUUUUAUAGUGAACAGUACCAAUGCUGAAUUACCAGAUCGUGUCUUUGAUAAUAAGCAAGAAGUAUAUCUUCCAGUUGAAGUUGAAGCAGAGCUUAGUAUUCAUGGUGCUUCUGAUCCCGAACUUGUUUCUUAUAAUAAAUCCGAUCCAAUUCCCAAAGAGAAAUUCUCAGAAGAAGACAUAGGACCUGAAGUUACGCACAUAUACGAAUUGAGAAAUAAAGGACCAAGCACAAUUAAAACAGCAAAUAUAUACAUAUUGUGGCCAACGUACAACUUAGAAAAAGAGUUUCUGUUAUAUCUUACAUCAGAACCUGAAAUAAAAGGAAAAGAAGCAGCAUGCAGAAUAAACAGAGAUGAUAUUAACCAGUUAUCAUUAGAAAUCCAAGAGAAACCCAAAAAACAAGACUUGUUAAAUGCCACUGAACUCGGAAAGCAGACUCCUGUACCGACAAAGACUAAGAGACAACGCAGAGAGACUUUGUCACUGGCAGAUGAACUGAAUUGUGGUCCUACAAUAUGUACAAAAAUUAACUGUUCCGUUACCAAUCUGAUAGCAGGUAAUACAGUCAGUUUCACUCUGAGAUCGAGACUGUGGAGAGAGACUAUAAAUAAGCUUAAUAUCAAAGAUGUGCAGAUAAGUUCAAAACUGGUUGCUAUAACAACAAGUCUACCUUUAGGGGUAGAUCCUUCAAAGAUACCCAUCAAAUCAUAUUCGGUGUCAACUAAAAUAAGUCUAGACGACGUGGGAUUGAAAUCGGCCAUACCUUGGUGGAUUUUAAUAUUAGCGGUUUGCGGAGGGUUACUACUAUUAGGUUUACUAGCAUUGCUUUUGUGGAAGCUUGGAUUUUUCAAAAGAAAACGUCCACAGGAAGAAUCGGAAAAGCAACUGUUACAAAAGAAUGGCUAUCAAAUGGCGAGAGGCGAUGAAGCACUUUAAUUCUGAAGCAUGCAUCAAAUUUUGGACUAACUAUAUUUGACACAAAUACCACUUAUGGCAGCUAUUACUCACAGGAUAGAUAACAUUGAAGGAAAACAGUGCCAUGUAAUAUAAAAAUUUUAAAACUAGAAGCCUUAAGGCUCAAGUAAGAUGCCAUCCAAAUAAUUUGCUCACUGACAAUCUAUAUUUUUAGAUUCGAAAAUGUUAAUAUCAUAUGCACCAAGUUUUAAAAUAUAAUCGUUCCAGCUCAAGAAAAUUUCUAGAAAUAUAUAUUUUUUUCAAUAAAAAAAAAAGAUGGACGAAUGGAAAAUAUUUCUUGUAAAUAAUUUAUUUAUUAUCGUGUCAUAAUUGCCCAUUUUUAAGACUGUAAUUGUAGGUAAUAUUUGGAAUAAAAUAGUAAACUGUA